CCUCCCACGGGCCCAGGCGGGAGCGGGGCGCCGGGGGCCAUGCGGGGCCAGGGCCGCAAGGAGAGUUUGUCCGACUCCCGAGAUCUGGACGGCUCCUACGACCAGCUCACGGGCCACCCUCCGGGGCCCACUAAAAAGGCGCUGAAGCAGCGCUUCCUCAAGCUGCUGCCCUGCUGCGGGCCCCAAGCGCUGCCCUCAGUCAGCGAAAGCAAGUGUGACUCGCUGCGCGCGGGCGGGCGGGCGUCUGCGGGCGGCCGGGCCCCCGGUGACGGUUCGCUCCCCGCAGCGUUAGCCGCCCCGGCCUCCCUCCGCCCCCACAGGCCCCGCCCGCUGGACCCAGACAGCGUGGAGGAUGAGUUUGAGCUGUCCACCGCGUGUCACCGGCCGGAGGGUCUGGAACAGCUGCAGGAGCAAACCAAGUUUACGCGCAAGGAGUUGCAAGUCCUGUACCGGGGCUUCAAGAACGAGUGUCCCAGUGGAAUCGUAAAUGAGGAGAAUUUCAAGCAGAUUUACUCCCAGUUCUUUCCUCAAGGAGACUCCAGCACCUAUGCCGCCUUUCUCUUCAAUGCAUUUGACACCAACCACGAUGGCUCAGUCAGUUUUGAGGACUUUGUGGCUGGUUUGUCAGUGAUUCUUCGGGGAACAGUAGAUGACCGGCUGAAUUGGGCCUUCAACCUGUACGACCUAAAUAAGGAUGGCUGUAUCACCAAGGAGGAAAUGCUUGACAUCAUGAAGUCCAUCUACGACAUGAUGGGCAAAUACACAUACCCUGCACUGCGAGAGGAGGCCCCCAGGGAGCACGUGGAGAGUUUCUUCCAGAAGAUGGACAGGAACAAGGAUGGCGUGGUGACCAUUGAGGAAUUCAUCGAGUCUUGUCAAAAGGACGAGAACAUCAUGCGGUCCAUGCAGCUCUUUGACAACGUCAUCUAGCCCACCAGGAAAAGGGGGUCAGUGUGUGUGGAGGGGACUGUGCUCUGCCCUCACCCAGGCAGCCCUCACCCUGCUCUUCCCAGGCCUGUCCUCAUCUGAGCUCUACCUUUGGGGCUGUAGGGAUGCACGAGCCUGGGCUUCAGUAUCCACAUCCCUGGAACUAAAGGGGCCAGACAGUGGGCAAAGUGCAUCUGGUGGCUGUGCCCAACUCCCAGUAGCCCUCGCCCCCUUGCUGCCUGACACCCAUGUGGAGGGUGCCCCUGCUGUGGGAACUGAAUGUUUGCCCACUUCCCACCCCCGUCUAGACCACGACACCAGAUGGAAUGUCUCCUGCUAUGGUGCUUCCCCACCCCUGGUCUCCUAAGUAUUUCCCCUGAGACUCCCUUCUCAGAGUAAGCAUCUGACCUCAGCACUGGCUAACCUUUCAGACCAGCCUGUGUGAGGGGGCAAGAGUGCAGAGGGAGGAAGCUUGGGCCUGAGCCAGUGAUUAGGUCCUACAAGUUGGCUGGGGUCGAGAAGACGGAGGCUGGGCAGAUAGUGCAAGCUCAGGCAAGCUGGACUGUAAUUGCUGGGUUCCACAGUACGCUACCCCCCGGCCAUCAGAAUAUGUUUCUAAACAUUUCAGAAGGCCUCAUCUUAAAAAUGUCCCAGAAAUGGGCCGGGAUGUAGCUCAGUGGCACCACGCACCCACCUCGCAAGCAGAAGGUCCUGAGUUUGAUCCCCAGUACCAAAAAAAAAAGUCCCAGAAAUUUUCCAUAACCUCAGUAUCCUCAGAGAGCCUGGGAUCCAGCUCUCUGGCCUACCCCUGAAAUUUCUUCCCCUCCCGGCUUUGUGUGGAGGCCGAGAUGGCAGGGGACUGUGGCUGGGGGAUGUCCUGAGUGAUGGCUGCCAGAGUUCCAGCCUACUGUCCCUGCUCAUCGCCUGUUCUGAUGGCUAUGACUUGAGUUUUCAUUUGCCAUGUCCUCUAGACUUGGAGGCCCUGAGUGAGUCGGGGAUGUUCCUGAACUGGAGUCCUGUCAGCCCUCCUAGUGGAUACCUUAGGAGAGAGGAGGAGGCAGGCAUAGCAUCAUUACAUGUGGGGCCUUCAUUACAAUCUGACCAACCUAGGCUGUACCACACCUCAUGCACAGCUUCCUCAGUUCCCCAGGGUCUGCUCUUUACUCAGUUUACCCAGAGAUGCCGCCGGGCACACCAUGAGAGCAGGGACCGUACGACCCAGUUCCCACCUCAUCAGCACCCCUGCCAUGCUGCUACCCCUUAAUAUGCCUGCUUGUUCAUUCAGCCAUAAUGAGGGGAUUGGUCCCCAGGGAGCCCCUGUCAAAUUAAACACUGUUGACUGAUUAGUACUUUUGGCUCCUCUGUAUAUUUUGUAAAAUAAGAAAUACACCAGAUCCAAUAAAACACAAUGGCUAUGCA